AUGGCCAAGAUCAAGGAUGUUCUUAUCAUUAUCGCAGUUAUCUUGCACAGACAGGCUGUUGACGUGUCGUCACAAGAAGAUACAGACCCAGUCUCACAUACUCCAGUUAGCUCAGAGGGAAGACAGUAUGUCACCACACACGGUUGUCAACCUGAAAAUGAGAGUGACUGUGCCGAGAAUAGUCCAGAUGGGGAUCGAGGAGGUGACGACACUGAUCCAACAGGCGAAAUAAAGAGCGGAUCUGUCGGUAGCAGAGAAACGAGGGAAAGUGAUGACAACAGUGGUGUUGGUGACGAUGGUUCAGCGACGGGAGAAAGUGAUGAGAACACUGGUGGUGAUGGCGAUAGUUCAGCGACGGGAGAAAAUAAUGAGAACACUGGUGGUGAUGGCGAUAGUUCAGCGACGGGAGAAAAUAAUGAGAACACUGGUGGUGGUAGCGAUAGUUCAGCGACGGGAGAAAGUGAUGAGAACAGUGGUGGUGGUGGUAGCGAUAGUACAGCGACGGGAGAAAGUGAUGAGAAUAGUGGUGGUGGUAGCGAUAAUACAGCGACGGGAGAAAGUGAUGAGAACAGUGGUGGUGGUAGCGAUAGUACAGCGACGGGAGAAAGUGAUGAGAACAGUGGUGGUGGUAGCGAUAAUACAGCGACGGGAGAAAGUGAUGAGAACAGUGGUGGUGGUAGCGAUAGUACAGCGACGGGAGAAAGUGAUGAGAACAGUGGUGGUGGUAGCGAUAGUACAGCGACGGGAGAAAGUGAUGAGAACAGUGGUGGUGGUAGCGAUAGUACAGCGACGGGAGAAAGUGAUGAGAACAGUGGUGGUGAUGGCGAUAGUUCAGCGACGGGAGAAAGUGAUGAGAACAGUGGUGGUGGUAGCGAUAAUACAGCGACGGGAGAAAGUGAUGAGAACAGUGGUGGUGGUAGCGAUAGUACAGCGACGGGAGAAAGUGAUGAGAACAGUGGUGGUGAUGGCGAUAGUUCAGCGACGGGAGAAAGUGAUGAGAACAGUGGUGGUGGUAGCGAUAGUACAGCGACGGGAGAAAGUGAUGAGAAUAGUGGUGGUGGUAGCGAUAAUACAGCGACAGGAGAAAGUGAUGAGAAUAGUGGUGGUGGUAGCGAUAGUACAGCGACAGGAGAAAGUGAUGAGGAUAGUGGUGGUGGAAGCGAUAGUUCAGCGACGGGAGAAAGAGAUGAGGACAGUGGUGGUGGUAGCGAUAGUUCAGCGACGGGAGAAAGUGAUGAGGACAUUGGUGGUGGUAGCGAUAGUACAGCGACGGGAGAAAGUGAUGAGAACAGUGGUGGUGGUGGUGGUAGCGAUAGUACAGCGACGGGAGAAAGUGAUGACAACAGUGGUGGUGGUGGAAGCGAUAGUACAGCGACGGAUAAGAUUUAUGAGAACACUGGUGGUGAUGGCGAUAGUUCAGCGACGGGAGGAAGUGAUGAUAACAGUUGUGGUGGUGACGAUAGUUCAGCGACGGGAGAAAGUGAUGAGAACAGUGGUGGUGUUGGCGAUAAUACAGGGACGGGUGAAGGUGCUGACAGCACAGAUGGUGAUGGCGAUAAUACAGCGACGGGAGAAAGUGAUGAGAAAAGUGGUGGUGAUGGCGAUAGUUCAGCGACGGGUGAAGGUGUUGACAGCAGGAAUGGACAUGAUACUUUAGAGAACGAUGGAAGCGAUGACAACGAUGAUGGUAAGAGUAGGGGAUGUGAGGGCAAUACUGUUGACACACAGAUAAAUCGAAUAAUCAGCUCCAAAGCAUUUAACAUGUGUAUCUCGAUGUGGGAGAAAAGCGCAGUCAGUCCGACCGGCGACGUCUCUCUCUCCAUUGCCCGUUUACUUGCUCUCAAGAAGCCGAACCUGUCACGUCACAUCCGAGACAAGACGUCUGCAGUCGAUCACCGCGUGUCAUCUCGGGUUCUGGCAGUGAUGACACUUGUCAUCUUCUGGUUUCCCAUUCUCAUUCUCGUCGUCUGGGACCUGUUUGAUCUCGUAAGAUUCGGUCGAAGGUUCACGGAGAGGUACAUGAGACAGGGGAACAUUGCUUGA